AUGGCUCUAGAAGCACUUAACUCACCCACCACUACUACCCCAAAAUUCACGUUCAAUGAACCAUCUCUUCAUCACUCUGAACCAUGGACCAAACGAAAACGUUCAAAGCGUUCACGUUCAUGCACUGAAGACGAGUAUCUCGCUCUCUGUCUCAUCAUGCUAGCUCGCGGAACAACCACCUCCAACAACCGCCACACUUCCAAACCAUUACCGGCAACAACAACCGGUGAUAACAACAUCAAGCUAAGUUACAAAUGUUCUGUCUGCAGUAAAGAGUUCUCUUCUUAUCAAGCACUUGGUGGACAUAAAGCAAGUCACCGAAAAAACUCCACCGGCGGUGGUGAUGACCAUUCAACUACCUCAAGUUCUGCUAACGCCGCCGUUGUAAGCGGUGUUAGAUCUCAUGAAUGUUCGAUUUGUCAUAAGUCGUUUCCGACAGGACAGGCUUUGGGUGGACACAAACGUUGUCACUAUGAAGGCGGUAUUGGCGGUGGCGGUGGUGCUGUGACUAACUCGGAAGGUGUGGGGUCCACACAUACUGUUAGUCAUAGUCAAAGUCACCGCGAUUUCGAUCUGAACAUCCCGGCUUUUCCGGAGUUCGGUGAUAAUAAGGUCGGAGAAGACGAGGUUGAGAGUCCUCACCCUGUGAUAAUGAUGAAGAAGAAGCCUCGUGUUUUCAUGGUGCCCAAGAUUGAAAUUCCUCAUCACCAAUGA